AACAGAAACAGCUGUCAAAAAGUGUCAAAGUGUUUUGUUGAACGUGAACCAUUUUUCACGGAACGAUGAGUUUUCCUUCGCGCAGUCAUUAGAACCGAAAGCAAGAGUGUGUGUUGUUUUCCGAAGUAGGUAAAUACACUGUGGAGGCACCGUCGACGUCGUCAGCAAAAGCAUAAUCCGUUCCUGUAGGACCUUCCGGGCUGAACCGCGAAGCUGUUGUGAACCAUCAUCAUGAGCAACUACUGACCGUCGUGUGUCACAACCCUUCGACGAUGAAUCUGCAAUCCUUGUUCCAGGACUUCAAUCCGAGUAAAUUCGUCGUUCAUUGCUGUUUGUUCACAUUCACGGUCCUAUUUUGUCUACGCUUGGACGAAUUCAUAGAUUGGCCCUACUGGGUGAUAUUCAUACCGCUAUGGGUAUGGAAGUCGAUAGCCACCUUGGGAGCGAUCGUUGGAGCCAUAGUAUGGUGUCGUUAUCCACACUACAGGGUCGAGGGAGAUUCCUAUUCACACUUCAAAGCAAUGCUGAUAUCGCUGUCGCUCCAUCUGAUACUGUUGAUGUUCGAGCUGUUGGCCUGUGAUAGAUUGACCUCCGGGAGACACCUGUGGGUGCUGGUGUUCAUCCCGCUCAUAUUUGGUAGCGUUGCCAGUGUAGGCGCUUGCGUGUGGGCAGUAAAGCACGACCGAUCGUUUGAGUUGGAGCUGUUCUGCGCGGUGAACGCGCUGCAGUUCGUGUUCCUUCCGCUCAAGUUGGACGGAUUCGUUUCCUGGAGCUGGGAAGUGGUGUUCGUGCCACUGUGGAUCGUGCUGUGCCUCUGCCUGGUGGCAGUGCUCUAUAGUAUAAUAUUCUGCGGUAUCCUUCUCCGGACGCCGGAAGUUUCACCGCAGCAGAAAAAGUCGGCCAUCAAUUCGGCGAUCGGCAACUGUGCCACCGUGCUUCCAAUCCUAGUGUUUCAGGUGCUGCUGGCGGACAAGCUGGACGAGGAUCUCGAUUGGCCGUUCAUAGCCGUGGCCGGACCAUUGCUGUUGACGCUGUUCGUGCUGAUCCUGCUGAGCUUCAACGCAAAGGGCGGCAAUAAGU